GCCUGCAUGAUUCCGGAAAUAAAUGUACCGGAGCACCGUAUUUUCCGGAGACCCUCUGCAAGCUACCUGAUAACUAGUCAUCCUCCUCUUUCGGACUCAUUGAAUAAUCUCGUUUCCCUCCUUCUUCACCUCAAUUCCUCCGCCACCUGGCCUUUUGCCUUGGAAAUUCUCUGCACUAGAAUUCCGUUCGACUCUUCUUUCUAGCUCGAGAGCUCUUCGAAACAUUCAAACACGGAAAAACACAGCCUGCGAGGUAUAAACCAGCUUCGCGAAGAUCAUAACAACGUCCUCCGUGGGACAACACAAAAAGUCAUGUUCCGAGCUCGGAGCAUAUUCCAGCUCUUCAACGACACUCUCAAAAAACGACCCUUGUCCAGUUUCGCCAAUGCGCGUCAAGAGUCUCAGUCUCAGGCUACACGGCCGUCUGUGUUUUCCGGAUCAGCAUGGUACACCUGGGCAUUCAUCACAUGGGUGCCCGUCUUCGUCUUCCUGCAUGAACACGUCUAUGACUUGAUGUGGGUGCGCGGUCCUAGCAUGGCGCCGGCCUUGUCGCCCGAUUUCCACGCUACAGGCCGUCGGGACGUCGUGGGCGUGAAUAUGUGGGAUGCAAAAGCAAAUCUGGAAAGAGGAAUGAUUGUUGCGUUUCGGUCACCGCGUAAUCCAGAGCGAAUUGCGCUGAAGCGGAUCAUUGGGCUCGAAGGAGAUAUUGUGAUGGCGCGGAAUCGGUAUCCGUUUCCCAGGGAGACCGUGCCGCAGGGACAUGUGUGGGUUGAAGGAGCAGAUCAGGCUCGAUCGUUGGAUAGUAAUGAUUACGGACCGAUAUAUCAAGAGUAUCAAGAGAGAAAAGGGGGAGCUCAGGCGCUGACAUGCCUCAUUACGGGUCAAGUGACGCGCAUACUUUGGCCUCCGUCUCGAAUGGGUAAAAUCUCCAAUGACCGCAGUUGGCGUCGCAGGGUGUUGUCUAUCGGGAUACCGCCGGGCUUUGUGCACGAUUAA